UAGCCUCUCUCUGCUAACCAAUCAGCAGCUCGUCCAGCAGUUUGAACAACAAGCGGAUGAUUCAAACUGGAAAAUCAUGGGAAGGAAUUACUAGUUAUAUUUGUAACAUUAGAUUAGAUUUAGAUUUACGACAAGCGGCUGUUUACUAAAGUUUUCAGUGUCCUUUUGUGGAGGAUAUUUUUAUUUGGAGUCGCUGCUUUAGAUUUAAUAGCAAGGUUGAUAACACCAAUGCUUGCGUAAUUUAAGUUCGUUUUAGAAGUCGGGCACAUUGUCUCGGCCAACACGGCAAAGUUCAGUCAUGGAGCCGGCAAAGUCCGUAUUUUUGAGGACAUACGGGAAACAGAUGCGUAGGAUUUCCGCGUGGAUCUCACCAAAGGACCACAAGAAAGCUUUUGACAGCAGCCUCUCAACAGAAGACGACAUCUCCGUCUUUGAACCGCCAGCAAGGCCCGCAAGGAAAAGAGAGAAGAGGACCAGUGUGGCAUGUCGUAAGUUGGCGCGACCAGCCAAAAAAAAGGCCCUGCUGUGUCUGAGAGAAAAAAGCUUUGAUGAAGAAAAUGUCAUCAGCCCUCCUCCUCAUCCUGAGGCAGCUCAGCAGAGCAAAGCUACGAGACGAAAGAAGAAAACUUGCAAUCGUGCCAGCGUUCUUAAUGCCAAGAGGAAAGCUGUGCUACAAGUGAUUGAGAACAUCAGUGAUGAAGAGAACAUUAGCCCCUCCCCUCCACGUCCUCAACUGGCUCAGCAGAGCAAGACAACAGGGAAAAGCCAACCUGAAUCUUCGAGGGGAGUUUUGUCAAAAAGGACUAAAAGAGGCUCAACGGUUAAUGCCAAAAUAAAUAAUAAAGAAACGUCAUUCGAAAAAAAGAAGCCUUCUGACGUUCACUUCGAUGGACGGUUUGUAACCUGCCGCAACCAUCAGACUGAGACUGUUGCCAAAUCUACAAUACCUAAAGCAAUUGAAAGUAUAUUCAACUCUUCAGAUGACUUUACUUCCCGGCAGUAUGACCAUGUUCGUACCACCCAGACAUCUACUACGACAAGGCAGAGGAUCCCAUCUUCCUUCUUGGUGUCAACUGUAGAGAAAUCAAAAACUUCUACAGGGAUCACAAGCUUUGCCAAUGACCCACCACAAGAGAUUUCCCUGAAUGAAUCUGGGCAGAACAGACUCAGAAAAUUCACUGAUAACCCCAUUUUUUGCUCAACUCCCUCAGCAGGGUCACUCUGUAGUCGACCCGCUUUCAAAUCCUUCUCCAUUAUCGACAAAUCAGUCACUCCUCCGUCCAGUGUUCUGAGCCCAUUCCAAGUACAACAAGACUCACAUAAGCAACCUGUCUCCCCACCAAUUCUUUCAACAUCCAUUGGAUUGAAGUCUAGUCCUGGUGAACAAGCACCACCGCUGCCUCACUACAAAGAACUAUCUUGUGACCUAUUCAUGGAUUACAAAAGCACCAACCAGAAAAGCAGCAGUAGUGGUGAGGAUAAAAAUUAUAGAGAGGACAUCAAGAUCAACAAUGAUGAGACAUUGCCAAGUGUAAUAAUUGUGUCCAUAGACAGUGAAAGCAGCAGUGACCAUGUUUCAGCAGCAAAGAAAGAAAAAUGUUUGACUAAUCAUUGCACGGUGCAGCUGCAGAGACUGGAAACCCUCAAUGUGACUCUUGGUCAGACGAUAUAUUCAACCUGUUUGGGACUUUCUGGCCACAGCCCAUUGUCAUCGUCUGCGAAGCACAUUCAAACGGCAUCAUUUUAUUCCACCGUAUUCAUGCCAAAUACGAACACAGGUGGCAAUUCAGAGUUGUUGAAUGAUAUUGAGUCUGUUGGACAAGCAGCCCUUCCGAAAGAUCAUUCAGCAUCAGAGGAGUCCAUGCAGUCAGCUGCCUGUCAUAGAGACACAAGCGUUAAUUCUGUAACCAGCCCACAAAUUCCAGCCAGCAGUUUGAACACGGUGUCAACAGAAGUGUUGACUGUACAGCUGGAAGACAAGUGGCUUUUGAAGAAAUGCAGUGUUCCUCUCAAAAGGUUAGAUUUUUCAGAACUGGCUUUUGGGCAUCUUAAUGGGAAAGAAGCUCAUUUGUCCCACAACGACAGAUCUGUUGAACCUGACGUAGACGAGUCUCAUUAUGACACACUUGACCCAAACAACACACAAAGCCUUUCGUGUUCAAAUGAAGAAAGCAAGGUGAUGUCUCUCAGUCCUUCAGUAGUUUUAAUAACUAACAGCCAGAAAACUGAAGAAGCAUCAGCAGGGCUCACAGCAAUACUAAAAGAAAGCUGUAUAUCACGCCAAUUCAAAGUAGACCUAAAGAGACUGUCUCUAUCUCAGCUAAAAGGUGACACAAAGAAAAAAGCUGACAAACUAGUCUCAAAAUCUGCAGGAGAUGAACAGAGUUCCCACCAGUCUGACAGUGACCAUGACCGUCACAAAGACGUUUCCAUUAACAUCAAAAGGAAAAUUCUAAGAUCCACGAGUUCUGAAGACAACACUUCCUCAGACAGCAAAAUGACUAAGAUCCCCUGUGAUGUUCUACCCAAGAGGAGAAAGACAUCCUCUGGUCCUAAAGAAAAGAAGAGAAAAGGCAUGUCCAAGGACCGAUCAGGGACAACAAGGAAGGCAUGUGUGAGCGGUUUGAGUGUGAGUCGGUGGAAGAACAACAGCAGUAUCAGCAAGCGCCCAUGGGGGGGCAAUACCAGCACAAUGGACUGCAGCAUGAAUGAGCUCAUCAGCAUAAAAUACAAACCAAAGGACUGUGGAAUCAUGAAUUUUUCAACCCCUGCAAGGACGAAUCAACACAACAUUUCAUCUCUGCUGGCUAACCUCACGCCAAACACAAACACCUGGAGUCGACUCAAGGCCGCCCUCUCUGUCCAUCGCAAAGUGCUGCUCUCUCCAAUGAAUCUUCAUCUGUCUGACACUCAAAGGACGACUGUAGCAGACGUCAGCCUGGAUCUGUUUGCCACACCAUUGAAGUCCCUGCUGCCCAAAGCCCCCCAGUCGCAGCAAAAACAGAAAUCAAUGCUGUGUGGGGACACAGACUUGUCAGAUGCAGAGAAGGUUUACUCUGAGUGCAGCCAGGAGCAACCACUGGCCUGGGAGGAUUGUAUCCUCCCUCACAGAAUGAAUCAUUGUGUUAAGAUCGGAGAGGGUACCUUCGGUGAGGUCUUCUCCACCAUCAAUGAGUUUGGAGACAAAGUCGCCCUCAAAGUUAUUCCGAUAGAGGGCACUGAGAAGGUCAACGGAGAAGACCAGAAGACUUUUGGAGAGAUUCUUCACGAGAUUAUAAUCUCAAAGGAGCUGAGCUGCCUGAAAGACAAGAAAAACAACCAGACUCAUGGCUUUAUUGGACUUCAUGACCUCCACUGCGUUCAAGGUUGUUACCCUCGUCAUUUCCUCAACGCUUGGGACAAAUUUGACCAAAAGAGAGGCUCAGAGAAUGACAGACCAGAUUUCUUUGAAAAUGAUCAGUUAUUCUUAAUCCUGGAGUUCGAGUUUGGAGGGGUCGAUUUGGAAAACAGCAAUGGAACGCUCGCAUCUCUGGGGGUGGCAAAGAGCAUCCUUCACCAAGUCACUGCUGCCUUAGCUGUCGCUGAGCAGGAGUUGCACUUUGAACACAGGGACCUCCAUUGGGGAAAUAUCCUGGUCAAAGCUACUAAACAGAAGACGGGGAGCUUCAUGCUAAAUGGAGAAGCUCACUCUGUGGAAACCCAAGGGGUUCUGGUCCGCAUCAUUGAUAAUUCUCUCUCCAGAUUAGAAAUUGAUAACCUGACUGUAUCCUGUGACAUCUCGCAUGAUGAGGAGCUCUUCAUGGGCCAAGGAGAUUACCAGUUUGAAAUAUACAGACUGAUGAGACAGGAGAAUGGAAACAACUGGAGUGACUACCAUCCACACACCAACGUGCUGUGGCUACACUACCUGUGCUCCAAGCUGCUUUCCAUGAAGUACAAAAGAGGAGUGAGAGGAGUCAAGGAGGUGCGAGUGGAACUCACUAAUUUAUAUGACAACAUCCUGGAUUACAGUUCUGCCACAGAGGUGCUGAGAAACUGCCCCUUGUUUCAGUAAAGCUGCGUGAAGAUUUUUUUUUUUUUUUUUUAGCCUGAUCUGUACUGUAUAAAGACACUUAUCCAUUACCUUGUCACACAAAGACAGCCAUGAAGGUCGCAUGGUAGUUACUGUGUAACUUUCAUCUGACAGUUUCAUUAAAAACCAUGUUGAACAUGUCGUUGAUGUUCAUUUUGUCUUAGGCACCAUGUCAUUGUCACCUAUUACUAUUAUUAUAAUAAUUAUUUAUAUAUUAGAAGUACGUUCUAAAUAAAAUCUUGUGAAUGUUUAACACCAAAUUGUUUUGGGCUCAGU